CCAGGUGAGUCGCCGGGCCUCGCGGAGCCCAGGUGAGGCGCCCGUGGGGCUGCGUCAGGGUGUCGGAAGGACUCCAUGCCCGGAUCCUCGGGAGGCGGCGUCGGGACAGCAGAGCAUGUCCGGGCUGGACCUGGAGGAGCUGGCCGAAAUAGAGCUGCAGAGAGAUGAGGAGGAGGCCGCCGCCCUUCGUGCUGCGAGAAGGCCCUCGGCGGCACCCUCUGUGGCACCCCCGGCUGGCCCGGACCCCGAGCUGAGCCUGAGCCACCCCUUCUAUGAUGUGGCCCGACACGGCAUUCUGCAGGUGGCAGGGGAGGACCACUUCGGAAGACGAGUCGUCACGUUCUGCUGCUGCCGGAUGCCCCCCUCCCACGAGCUCAACCACAGGCGGCUGCUGGAGUAUUUGAAGUACACGCUGGACCAGUACGUGGAGAGCGAUUACACCAUCGUCUACUUCCACUACGGGCUGAGCAGCCGGAACAAGCCGUCCCUACGCUGGCUCCAGAGCGCCUACAAGGAGUUUGACAGGAGGUACAAGAAGAAUCUGAAGGCCCUGUAUGUCGUGCACCCUACCAACUUCAUCAAAAUCCUGUGGACCAUCCUGAAGCCCCUUGUCAGUCACAAGUUUGGGAAAAAAGUCACCUAUUUCAACUAUCUGAGCGAGCUCCGUGAACACCUCAAAUACGACCAGCUGAGCAUCCCCCAGGAGGUUCUGCGAUACGACGAGGAGCUUCAGAACCUGCACGCCGGCAGGCUGCCCCCUCCCACCAAGACGCCCCCACCGCGGCCCCCUCUGCCCACCCAGCAAUUCGGCGUCAGUUUGCAAUACCUCAAAGACAAAAAUCAAGGUGAACUCAUCCCCCCCGUGCUGAGGUACACAGUGACGUACCUGAGAGAGAAAGGACUCCACACCGAGGGCCUGUUCCGGAGAUCGGCCAGUGUCCAGACGGUCCGCGAGAUCCAGCGGCUCUACAACCAAGGGAAGCCCGUGAACUUCGAUGACUAUGGGGACAUCCACCUUCCGGCCGUGAUCCUGAAGACCUUCCUGCGGGAGCUGCCCCAGCCACUGCUGACCUUCGAGGCCUACGAGCAGAUCCUCGAGAUCACCAGUGUGGAGAGCAGCCUGCGGGUGACCUGCUGCCGCCAGAUCCUGCAGAACCUUCCAGAACACAACUACGCCGUCCUCAGCUACCUCAUGGGCUUCCUGCACGAGGUGUCCCAGGAGAGCAUCUCGAACAAGAUGAACAGCUCCAACCUGGCCUGCGUCUUCGGGCUGAAUCUGAUCUGGCCGUCCCAGGGGGCCUCCUCCCUGGGUGCCCUCGUGCCCCUGAACCUGUUCACCGAGCUGCUGAUUGAGUACUACGAGAAGGUCUUCAGCCGCCGCCCGGAAGAGCGCGGGGCCCAGGCCGGCGAGCGGGGCGGUCCCCGCGCCAGAGGCCCCGCCCCCGACGGAGGCGCAGCUGAAGACAGACCCGCCUCUGGCCUCGCCCGGCCCCCGCUCCCUCCGCGCCCCCUGACCACGGCCUGGAGACUCCUCUAGGGCUGGAAAUGUCUG